GUUCACUCUUCACGUGGACCGCGAAGCUUGUACAGCUCUACUGCUCUGCUCCCGGUUAUCGUUGAGUACAGUAAUACAGUGUGGAUUUAGGGUUGAUGUACAGUGUGUACUGGUCUUGCUAAACAAAUAUUUAGUUGUGUGUGUUAUACUGUUAGAGUUAUCUCUUGUUUUGGAGAGUAUUGGAGGAGGCAAGUGAAGUUAGAAGCGGAAAGAGGCGACAAGUGUAUUUGGAACUAUUAUAUAAAUGGAUUUAAAGCUCUAAGUGUAUAAAAGAGACAAGAGAAUCUCUGACAGUGGACAGUUGUAAAUAUUUGUAGAGAGACUUUAGAGGAGACAAUCAAGUGAAUCGAAAGUUUCCAAAGUUGUACAAUUCAAAAGUGUCUAGAAGUUGUGUAUACUGUUGAAAAUAUUAUACCGUCCUUUUUUGGGGAUGCUACAUGCUCCUAGCGUGGUUGUGCAAUGUACUAUCGUUUGAGAUGAUAUAGAACUCUGUUAUAGAAUUAUAAAGAGUUUCAUCUGCAAAAUCAAGCACUGUUCUCAUAGUAGAGUUUGAUCUAUAACAGUAGUGUAUUUAUCAUACACACAGUUAUGUGUGUAUGAUAAAAUACAAAUCAAAUCAAUCUGUAUUUGAUUUAUCAAUGAAAUACAGAUUGCUAAUAGGUGGAGAAUUAUAUUGAACUGUUUAUUGCCAGUGAUAGUAUGCGCGGAGUUGUGUUCCUUUCAUGUAAAGCAUGUAAAACUGGAUUCAGUAGCGGUAGAUGAACUUCAUUUCUACUUGACACACAAGUUACUGUAGUAAGAGUUUCAUGAAUAACUUUAUAACUACAUUCUUUUCAAUAUGAGUGCUGUCAAAAGUUCAAUUGAAAAUUUGGAGGGAAUUUAGAUUGAUGCUACAACCUGAUUGAAGUACAAAAUAUCGGAUACUGACUGCAUUUUCUUGAUUAUAAUGACUGCAAAUCGUCGAAAUUGCUAGUGUAAAGAUUAUUGUUUGUAGCUAGAAGAGUGAAAUUUAGGCUGGUACAGCUACAAUAUGUUUGGAAUGGAGUAUUCUAUUCAGGAGUGUUGUUUUUAAAAACAGUGACUGUAUAUUGUAAGUGAGAAUAGAGCUAGUUGAGUGAUAAGUGUUGAUUUUGAAGUAAAGGAUGUUUGUGUGUAUCGACAAUAGGAUUGGGGUUUGUUAGUGGCAUGUUACUAUGUGCGUGCGUGCCGUGGAUCCGCCAGUGGAGCUAGGCGGGGGCGUGGGCGGGGGUGGAGUGGGUGGAGUAGGGGGUGCCUUGGGGGCCCUGUGGAAGUCAGCCGCCGCCUCCAUGCCGGUGAGGAACAGCAGUCGCCAGUCGCCCCUGUUGGUGCAGGACAGUGGUGGCCCAGUGGGGGGACCAGGGGUGCCAGCUGGCUUGGGGGGACCAGGACCGGUUCCGCCGGGGCCCCCUUUCGGGUGCCCGGUGCCUGGGGGACCAGGAGGGCCUCCGGGGCCGCCUCCUCCGCCGCCCCAUCACGACCCCUUCUACUGUUCGCCGUUUGGCACGCCCUAUUACAACAGGUGUGUGCCUGUUCCCAGGAGACACACGCCCUACUUCGGACAGCCGGAUUACCGCAUGUACGAGCUCAACAAAAGGCUGCAGCAGAGGACUGAGGAGAGUGAUAACCUGUGGUGGGACGCAUUUGCGACCGAGUUCUUUGAGGACGACGCCACGCUAACGCUCACUUUUUGUUUAGAAGACGGACCCAAACGAUAUACGAUAGGAAGGACGUUAAUUCCGAGGUACUUUCGAAGUAUAUUCGAGGGUGGCGUGACGGAACUGUACUAUAACCUUAAGCACCCCAAGGAGUCCUUCCAUAACACAAGUAUUACUCUAGACUGUGAUCAGUGUACGAUGGUCACCCACCACGGCAAGCCAAUGUUCACUAAGGUGUGUACAGAAGGUAGACUGAUACUGGAGUUCACAUUCGACGACCUGAUGCGCAUCAAGUCGUGGCACCUGGCAGUGCGCACGCACCGCGAGUUGGUGCCUCGGUCGGUGGUCUCCAUGCACUCGCAGCAGCAAGACCCGCAGAUGUUGGACCAACUCGCCAAGAACAUCACCCGCCAGGGCAUCACCAAUUCCACGCUCAACUACCUCAGGCUGUGCGUGAUCCUUGAGCCGAUGCAGGAGUUGAUGUCGCGACACAAAGCGUACGCGUUGUCGCCGCGCGACUGCCUCAAGACGACACUCUUCCAGAAGUGGCAGCGGAUGGUAGCGCCGCCCGGUAAGAGAGAAUCGCAGCGGCCGGCGAACAAGCGACGGAAGCGGAAGGGCUCGCAGGGAGGGGCAGCGGCCAACAACGCACCUCCUGUCCCCAACAAGAAGCGAUCGCCCGGCCCAAACUUCUCACUAGCAUCUCAGGACGUAAUGGUGGUAGGGGAGCCAUCGCUGAUGGGGGGUGAGUUUGGUGACGAGGACGAGCGACUGAUCACGCGGCUGGAGAACACGCAGUACGACGCGGCGGCCGUUGUCGGCUCAGUGGGGGGGGACCACCACGGGGUAGGGGGGGUUGACGGGGGCCCAGGGGGGCCGCCCUCCUUCCAGGGCCCCGGGAGGGCAGUCGCCCGGUGGAGGCCAGGGUCAGGGGGGGGCCCCCCAACUCGUGGGGGCCGGCAGACAGGGGCGGACCCCCACCCUCCUCGCAGCCCACUGUCAACAACAGUCAGGACUCAGACAAGAAGUCACCGGCUGUCAGUCAGUGACACCAUCACUAGUGACACUCAGUGACACCAACUAGUGACAAAGUGCGCGACAGGACACGUGUCAAGUGAUCUCUGCCAAUGGUUAGUGCUUUAUACUCGGUUCAACGCAGGGAGACCAUACUCAUUUCUAGUGUUAAUAUUAAUGGAUAAUUCUAUACAAUAUCACAGGGAAGGUCUAUCGCAGUCCAUUGAUUUAUUGAUUCAAAAAUACACUAUUCAUAUAAAUAAUAUGGAAAGAAAAAUAAUGCUUUUUUUAUAUAGUUCGUAGAGGAUCUCUACUGUUCACUUUAGUUGAAGGUUAGAAGUGCACCUUUGCACCUGGUGCUCCUUCUAAAUAAAACGACUUUGAAUUAUUGUUGAGGUCGUUUUAUCUAAGAUGGAUUUUUACCACAAAAUCACCUUCAAAAAAUGCUAAAUGAUUUUUCACACUGCGAAAAUAGUGUUGAAGGAUGAAGCUUUGUAAUGUUCACAAUGGAGAUAAUGCUCCUUUCAAAUAAAACGACUUUGAAUUGUUGAGUCGUUUUAUAUGGAAUGGAUAUCUACAGCAACAUAACCUUCAUUAGAACAAAUCAAGUUGAUGUUUUUUAUGGUGUGCAAUUUUCUGGUAAAAUUACAGUAUACAAAUGGUGGCGUGAAUACCGCAUAGUAUUAGACUAAUGAGAAGAUACCUAGUUGUUCGGUGCGGGGGCGGAUGGAUUUAGAAGGAAGCUAGUUGCGCAUGUCUUUCUACUCUAUUCCUAAUCAUAAAAUAACGGCAUGCUGGCUAGUUGACUGAUAGCUGGUAAUAUAUAGGAGGUCCUGGGUCAAUCGGUCUAGGGAUCAACUCAUAGGGACUGUGUAUAUUUUAAUAUUUAUUUUAUUUAUUCGUGGAUACAAUUACAGAUCAUAUAUAUUGAAUGUAAUUGGGGAAGAACAACACGCAUGGCCCAAAACUAUUUUAUUCCCAAAUUUUGAUAAUGAAAAACAUGUGCAAAAAAUAGGUUAUGGUUUAACAGUUGAAAGUUUAAUUAAAUUUUCGUUAAAAAAAAUAUAUAUAUGAGCUAUAAAUUUUGAAUUUCGAUUCAAGUAGGAUUAAAACUCCAAAUCAUAGUCAAAUAUCACACUCAAUUAUCACCGCACAUUGAAUAAAUUAAGUUAUUUCUGAAAAAAUGCACAAAACUUCUCACGAAGCACAGCUGUAUAUACAAUACUCAACUACGUACUUUUCAAUUCCGACUAAUGUUUUCAGUGAACUGAAUAAUCAGAGUGCAUAGAAUAUUCCUUUAUAUGUUUUGGUUACUCAGGAGAGAAUAGUUUAUUUCAAAGUACCUAUUGAUAAAAGAGAGAAAAUGUAUUAAAUCCAGUGGAAAUGUAUAUUGUCUUUUUACAGUACGUAUAGCAUUGUGAACAGGUCGCAAAUCAGUGUCUCCUUUCUGUGAACCGAGUAUAUGUAUGUUCAAUUAUAAUGUUGAAAUGUAGCGAAGAAAGAGCAACAUACUAAUGCUAUUGUGCUACUAUUGUAUAGCAGCUGCAGCUGACAAAUUUGUACGAUUAUCUAAGGCUAGUUAGGUUUUUUGACGAUGCGAGACACCUAUCCAAACAUUCCAGAAAUUGUAAAAAUUGAAAAAUUAUUGAUGAUGAUUUUAUAUGAUAUAAAUAUAUAAAUAGAUAUUAUAAAUAAAUGAAUAGAGAAUUAUAUCAAUAGUUAUAAAUAUCAAGUGAUGAGGUUGGAUAGAGUACUUUGCGCGCCCAAUUUUCUAAAAUAACGUGUAAAUAGUUGAAGAGAAAGAUUUUUCUGGACGUUUAGUUUUUAGUAGGUGACUAGUUUUGAACAGCAAACUGCAGCAAUUGACAUUUUUGUUGUCAAUUUUAAGUUGUUUUUUUUUUAAUUUUGUCCCCUGAUUUUGGGAAUCGACGCCCAAUGUUCCUCUAGUUAAGUACUACUACACUAAGCUUCUUUAUUUUCUGACAUUGGAUUCUGGAAACACACACAAAAACUCCAAUCUCGAAUUUUGUUUGUAAAUGACGACGACCAUUUAUGUAUUAUUUUUUAGAACUGUUUUUAAUAAUGUGUGUGAAUGAAUGUGUGGAGUCCGCGCUGGGAGUCUGUUCUUUCGAUGCAAAUGAUUAUUAUUAUUAUUGAAAAAAGAAGCCAAACUAAUGUGAGAAAUGUAAUAAUACAUCACAAUAGCUAUUAAUUUCUAAACAAGUGAUCAAUUGCAUUUGUUCAAUUGUAAAGUGUAAUCAAUAUUAUUAGCAGGUUGUUUAUUGCAGAUUAGGUUUUUUUUUUAAUAUUUUGAUGCAGUUGAAUAGUUUUUAGUUCAAUUGUGCAAUGUGUCUUGCAUCCACAACAAGGUGGUCGAACUUGAAAGUAAUCGAAAUUAUAAACUUUUUCUUUAAUAAUAGAGUAAUUUUGUGAUUGAACUUAUCACACAUACUGAAUAUAUUAUCAGAUGACAUACAUCACAUUCAUUAUUGCUGUAAAAUAUUGAAUCAACAUUGUGUUUAGAACCUUAUAAUUUCAUUUUUCUCCUACUAUUCGUGCAUAAACACGUAGUAAAAUAGUUUCAAAAAAUGUCAUGUAUUUAUAUUUAUGUAUGUAUGCAUGCAAUACAUAUACAGACUAAUGGAAGUUCUCUUCAACUCAAGCCAGAACCCUUUUGUUGUUUGGGUUGCGGGUCUUUUCGAUUAUUUUGUACAAUAGGCCUAACGUAAAGUCUCAAUGCAAUAUAAAAAAUCACAUUGUACAUUUCUGAAUAGUUCAAUCUCCAAUGUAUUUGCUUGUAGUGAACAAUAUUAUUUUGAACGCAGUCUCGUAUCUUGAUCAUUACUUGAGCCUUGAUAAAACUUUGAAAUGACUCAUUGAUUUGUUCAAAUGAUUAAUUUUGUGACAGCUACUCAUAGAGUGUAUCAUGUUAGUGUGUAGCCAACUUAUCAAUAAAAAGGACCACGAACAAUAGUCAAGUUGAAAAAGUACAAAGUCGAAUCGUUCUCUUCUGUAAGAAUAAUUUCUUUGUAAGUAGUUGGGAUCAUGUGUAACUUUGAAGCCAAUCAAAUUUGAUAAAUCGUUAGGUAAAAUCUGUGAUUAUACUUGCGUACAUAAAUGUAUUGUUAUAGUUGGUCAUUAACAAGUAGUUAAUAUAAAUAACGGUAGUUAUUAUUGAUAAUAAAUCAACUAACGGAUGAGAAAGUUUUUUUUUUGUUUUAUGCAAUGAAAUUAUUUCUACUAGGUAGUCUAUUGUUUGACUUCUGAAUUGUUUUCGAAAAAAUGAUUAUUCUUCUGUUCGAUUAUUUUCUCAAUUAUUUUCAAAAAAUGUUAGACAAUUUAAAUAUCUAUGAUUGAUAAUUUACAAAUUAUUUUGAAUUUUCGAGCGUUGAACGAUUGUAAUAGUAUUGGCUGUUCUACAAAAUUGCCAACUUAAUAUUUUAUCGAAUGAAAUUUUUCAAAUUUGAUACUUACUGUGCUAGAUUAUUUCUUAUUAUAAUUAAAUAUAUAUUAAGAUAUAUAUUUUAUAUAUCUUACGAAUUUUCUGUUGUUUUUAGUGAUGCUUUAAAGGGUUUUUAAAGUCUUUGAAAAAAUGUCGAAUCAAAUAAUAUAGAUUGACAUGAUAUUUGAGGAAUUAUUAUUCUACAAACUAUAAUAUUUUAAUUGAAUAUUGAAAAAUUUUAAUUUGUUCAGCUGUUUAGGGAAUCAGUCAGUCUCUUUCGUUCCACCAUAGAGGCCUUAAUUUUUCAAUUUUCUCCAAAAGUCUAAAUCUUAUUCUAUCUAGAAUAUAAUACUUACUUGAAAUGAAACUUAAUACAUACAAAAUGUAUUAGUAAAUUAGUAAAUGUUUAAGUAAAUUUUGCUUCAUUGAAUAUGGAAUUUAACACAGUAGGUUGUAAGAUAUAUUUCUCUUCAGAUCUGUCCUAGAGGUUUACCAGCAAUUUUCUUGUAAUUUCUACAUAUCAGUAGUUCCUUAUUUCUUUCAAAGUAAUUCAAUUCUCCGAAAGGUUCAUUAUAGAAUUAUUUCAAUCAAAUAAAUAAACAAUGAAUUAUAUUAUUAUAUCCAUGAAUUCAGUAAUUGAAACUUACAUUACAUAGAUAAAAAUAAAUAAUGAAGUAAUUUGAAGAUUUUUUUUUAAUAUCUCCAAUUCUCUACAGAAUUUCAAUUUUUGUUUCAUAUAAUUAUUUUUAUUUGAAUAAUUAUUUUCUAUACAAAACGCAUAUUUAGUUGUCGAUUUGCUCAAUGAAUUGCAAAAUUGUUGAAAAUGCAUAAUUUCUCGAGCAAUGAGUCUAGGUCAUGUAAAAACAUGUAUAUUUAUAAUAAAAGAAAUUCAAUUAAAUGGGAAAUGAAGAGAUUAAUAAUUUGUAUGAUAAAUAAUGUCACAUAGCAUUACUUGAUGACAAAGUAUUUAAAACGAUAAAUUAUUAUUACAUAAUUAACAUACUGAUCCAUGUGUGCAUGUGUGUGUUUGUAUGUAAGUAUAUUUACAAUAUAUACCUAUGUACAAUAUUAAUUUGUAAACAACCAUUAGAAUCUUCAAUUUUUAUAAAAUUAUUAUGAUCAUAAUUAUUAUUAUUAUUAUUGUUGUUGAUAAUGAUAGUACCAUUUUUAUGAUUAUUUAAUUGUAUUUACUAGCACGGUAAGUUUUCCUGAGGAAUUGAUGAUUGAAUUUGAAUAAUUUUAAGCACUGAAUGUGGAAAACCAAAUUUUUUACUUUUCUAUAAAUUGAAUGGAUAUUAAAAGUUUUCUAGCCAUUGAAAAAUUAUUCGAAAAAUUUUGUUGAAUUGUUGGAUGAAUGGAUAGUUUUUGGGUAUGAUUUUUCAAUAACAACCUAAUUGUAAAUUUUAAUUGACACACAUAAUAUUUUAUAUGUGUUUGUAAAUCAGUUUGUUGAAUGGAUAUUGUUUAUCCAUAAAUAAUCAAAGAUGUGAAACAUCUCGUUUAUAGAUUUGAUGAUGAUAAUAAGAGAGUAAUCAGUGUGUUUGAAUUCUGCUGUUUCUUUGUAAAAUAUUGUUUUGUUCUUAAAAGAUUACUGUUUCCUUUCAAUCAACAUAUUGACGGAAACAAAAAAUAUAGCAAUAACUGUAAAAUUUAUAAAAUAUAUUUUUAGAUUAGUGAUGUAAAUGAGGAAUUCUUUCAGUCAUUUUCAGAUUAACAACCAACUAACGUUGGAUUCUCCAUUCAAAUUUGUAGUUACUGUAUAAGAGUUUCAACUUUUUUCCCCAUUCAUGAUUGAUUUUGAAGAAAAUCUGAAUCGUUCAUUUUUGCACAGAGAGAUCAUGAGCAACUUUUUCUUUGAAAACUAUUCUGUGGGUUAUUUCACGAAGUGUUAUUAGACUUCGGUAACACUUGAAAAUAACUUACAAUUGUGUAUUUUCAACUGUUACUUGAUUCUAAUCCAGUAUAAUGCCCAUAUUCAUGAACAUUACUAGACUUGAGUAACACUUCAAAAUCAUAGAUAUUAGUGUAUUUUCAAUUGGUACUCGAUUCAACUAACGUUUCGGAAUAUGCUAUUUCACUACUAUCAUGCAAUAGAGAAGGAUAAAAUCCCAACAUAUUCUGUAGGAGAAAGUGAUUCGUUCCUUUAGUUACAAAAUUUAGCUCAAUAGAAGAAAACGAUAUCCAGUCCAUGGAGUAAUAAUUUAGAUACUCCUACGUAGUUUGACUUACUAGAUGUUGCUUAAUUUGUAGUUGGAAAACUUGUUGAAAACGUUGUUGAAAAACUCGAGAAUCACUCUUUCCUAUACAAUAUUGGUUUGAAAACUUUUCUUAAUUUUUCUGAUUAAACAGGUUCUUUUUUGAAAGUAAGACUGUACAAUGAAUUGUUGAGACGUAAUACUAAUGUUUUGUCUCAAAAAAUGUGUCAUAUGCUUCGUUUAUCUAUUCAUUAGGUGAUUGAAAAUAAUACAGACCAAAGCUGUUCACAGUCGAUUCAUCGAGAGACAAUAAUAACACAGAGCUUGCACGUGUGUGCGUAUAAAAGUGAUGACUUGUUUGUUAACAUCGUCUCUCGGCUCCCAGAACAGACUAAAUAAUUUUGAUUAUAGUAUUAUGUUAGUAAAAGUGGGCUAUGUUUUCACUUCAUCGAUUGUGUUACACUUCUGAUUCUUGAUGCUUUCCGAGAAAAAAAAUUGAAAGAUUGUCAUCGCCUCUCUGUGCUGCAUGAAUGAAUAAAUUCAAUUUUUUCUUGUAUAAGAAUAUAUACCAAAUAAUUUUAUAUUAUUAACUUGAAGGGAUAUAUUCCUAUCAUUUGACUCAAUUGUGAACUACCUAAUUUAAUUAUGAAGCCUCUAUUAUUGGCUGCACAUAGUAUGUUGAAAAUUGAAAAAUUUGAUGCCAAACCGGAGUUAAACAACACAUUUUCAAAGAACAAAUUGUAAUCAUACCAAAACUGUUCAUUCCAACCAUAAAUUUGCGGCUAAGAGUCGAACUGAAUACAGAAAUGCAUUCAAUUUUCUAAAUUAAAUACGUGAUGAAUAAAUGUGAGAUAUUUGUCAAAAUUUUGAACACUGAUUUUAAUUUGUUUGAUUAGAAAACUUGUUGUGGCUGCAAGAACGAAUCUUGUACAUUGGUGUUGGAGUGAAAGAUUUAUGCUGUAUGAAGUACUGAUUGUAUGAAUAUCCUGUAUUGAUUCAUUUGAAACCCUAAAUAUGAAAAUAAAAUUUUAGCAAAUUAUUAAGAAAAA